GUCAGUCGUGACUGUCUACAUUACUGCUGUCUUUUGCUAGAAAAAAAAUCGAGUAACAGCUGAAGAAUGCUGUCGAAAGCAUACUGCUUCAUUAACAUUAUUCUGGUGAUUCUUGGUGUAUGUGGCGGUUAUGCAGGACAGAAAUCCAAACUGAAAUACCACAAGAACUGGAAACUUCUCCCUGACCAGUCCUCAUGUGGUAAAUCAAACUCAUACGAGCGUAUAGUUGGGGGAAGCGCUGCCAAACUGGGCCAAUACCCUUGGAUGGCCAACUUAAUACGUAAAGACAAAGGGCACAUUGACCUCCUCUGCGGUGGUUCUCUGAUCAAUGAGAACCAUGUGCUAACUGCAGCACAUUGUAUUGUAUCGGGCUUGAACUUUGUAAGAGUGGGUGAGUAUAACUUGGAUACUACACUGGACUGCGAGGGAUCGGUAUGUGCUCCUAGAGCUAUCGACUACAGGAUCCUUAAGGCUGUACGUCAUCCAGGAUACCGGGCAAGAAAAAUGCUGCAUGACAUUGCUUUGAUUAAACUUAAAAGCCGUGUAAGAUUCACCCGUAAGUAAUCUGUAAGAGCGUUUACAUAUUCAUAAAUAAACAGAAC